AAACAAAUAUUCUGGUUUUCCAGCAGCUCAUUUCCAACAUAUUUUACUGAACACGUUUAGAUGAUCUUUUAGCUUUUUUAGCAUUCAGAUAUAUAUGCAUAUAUAUCAAGUGCACUUUCUUUGUUUCCGGAGAACUAGAAUUAGUGUUUGUCCUACAACUGUUAGAUUUGUUAGAUUUAUCAAAUUCAAAUCUGAAUUUUCCCUUUGGAAAUUUACAGAUAUAUGAUCAAGACAGAGAGAAGCAACAUCAACAUGGAGAAUGGAUUUUGGGCGCUGCUUUGUGGUGAUACUAUGAAGAAAUGCAAUCUAAGCUUUCACGCCUUAAUCAAUCCAUAUUCUUGUAGCAAUCACCUUUUGAUCAUUUCUGCUGAUAUUCUGCUUAUGUUGAUUAUCUGUUAUAUCUGCGCGUAUAAAUCAGUCUCAAGCAAGCUUGUAGUAGCACCAUUCCAAUCUCAACGUUUCUCUCCAGUGCUAAUAGUUUCAGCCAUUCUCAACGGCAUUUUGGGUUUGGCUUACUUAGGCUUGGGAUUAUGGAUUGUGGUUGAGGAAAUAAAUAGAGAUGAUACUAUUUUCCCAGCGCAUGAAUGGCUAAUGAUGUUAUUCCAAGGAUUCACAUGGUUGCUGCUGAAUCUAACGGUAACCCAACGGAAUCUCUUCCUUCCGCAUAUUGGAGCUUGGAAGUUUUGUUCCAUUAUCACCUGCUUGUUGUCUGGACUUAUCUGCAUUUUGUCUUUUUGGGCAGCUAUUAUGGAUAAAAAAAUGUUGGGUCAAUUUAUUUUGGAAAUCUUCUCCUUUCCUGGAGCUAUUCUGUUUCUCAUCUGUUGUUUCAAGGGACAUAUUUAUACAGGCACUGAUUCAGGAAUCAACGAUGAUGCUUCCUAUGAAUCAUUGCCAAGUGAGCAAGCAAAUGCUAUUGGUUCAAAGGAGAAUGUUACUCCAUUUGCCAAAGCGGGAUUUUUCAGUCGAAUGUCAUUUUGGUGGUUAAAUCCAUUAAUGAAGAAAGGUAAGGAAAAAAUACUGGAAGAUGAGGAUAUUCCAUUGCUAAGGCAAGAAGAUCAAGCAAAGACUUGUUUCUUGACUUAUAUGGAGCAGAUAAGAAGACGGAGACAGAAAGGAUCAUCUGAGUCUCCUUCAAUGUUAUCAGUGAUCAUUUCUUUGCACUGGAAAGAAAUUUUGAUCUCUGGAUUUUUUGCGUUAACCAAGGUAGUUACCACGUCCGCUGGUCCUCUGUUUUUAAUGGCCUUCAUUGAUGUUGCUGAAGGCAAAGCAGCUUUUACGUACGCGGGUUAUGUAUUGACAGUAGGUCUGUUUUUGGUAAAAUGCUUAGAAUCUCUGUCAGAGAGGCAAUGGUUCUUUCGAACUAGGCUAAUAGGGCUUCAAGUGAGAUCCAUGCUAUCUGCAGCAAUCUAUCAAAAGCAACUAAGACUUUCAAAUGCUGCUAAGGUAGCUCAUUCUCCUGGUCAGAUAGUGAAUUAUGUGACUGCUGAUGCUUACAGAAUUGGCGAGUUCCCAUUUUGGUGUCAUCAGAUAUGGUCAACAUUCUUUCAGCUAUGUCUUGCCUUGCCUAUCGUCUAUUAUACAGUUGGGCUAGCAACUGUUGCAGCUGUAAUUGCCAUCAUAUUAACCGUGCUUGCAAGUUAUCCAUUGAUCAAGUCGCAGGUUAAAUAUCAGAGAAAGCUCAUGGUAGCACAAGAUAAGAGACUGAAGGCUAUUACAGAGGCACUUGCCAAUAUGAAAGCCUUGAAGUUAUAUGCUUGGGAGACAUUGUUCAAGAAUGCUAUAGAGGGAUUACGGAAAGAAGAAAUUCAGUGGAUAUUAGGAGUUCUGUUACAAAAAGCAUACCAGAUAGUUUUGUUUUGGUCAUGUCCUGUUCUAAUACCAGCCAUUACUUUCUGGACGUGUUAUAUCCUCAGAAUUCCGCUUUCUGCUAGUCAAGUAUUCACAUUUCUGGCAAGUUUGAGGAUUGUUCAGGAGCCAGUUAGGUUGAUCCCUGAUGUUGUGGGAACCUUCAUUGAAGCAAAGGUUUCAUUAGAUCGGAUUGCAACGUUUCUUGAAGCACCAGAACUGCAGAACAGAAAUAUAAGGCGGAAGUGCAGCAGCAAAGAGCUUAAUCAAUCCAUUUUUAUUGAGUCCACUGAAAUUUCAUGGGACACUGAUUCAAGCAAGACAAAGGCUACAUUACGGAACAUAAAUUUGGUGGUUCAAGCAGGAGAAAAGAUUGCGAUUUGUGGAGAGGUUGGCUCUGGAAAAUCAACCCUUUUAGCUGCAGUGCUUGGCGAAGUUCCAAAAAUUAAUGGAACAGUUCAUGUUUAUGGGACGGUAGCAUAUGUUUCUCAGGCUGCAUGGAUCCAGACAGGGACUAUAAAAGAAAAUAUUCUGUUUGGGUCAGCAUUGGAUCCAGUAAGAUAUCAUGAGGUACUUAAGAAGUGUUCCCUAGUGAAGGACCUUGAGAUGCUUCCAUUUGGGGACCUCACUCAGAUUGGAGAAAGAGGUGUAAAUCUAAGUGGUGGACAGAAACAGCGCAUUCAACUUGCACGUGCACUGUAUCAAGAUGCAGAUGUGUAUCUCUUGGAUGAUCCCUUAAGUGCUGUUGAUGCACAUACAUCAACCAGAUUAUUUAAUGAAUAUGUCUUAGGAGCUUUGUCUAUGAAGACAGUGUUACUCGUGACCCACCAAGUCGAGUUCCUUCCUGCUUUUAAUUCUAUUUUGUUAAUGUUUGCUGGAGAAAUCAUACAAGCAAACACUUACGAUCAGCUGCUGGCUUCCAGUCAAGAAUUCCAAAGCCUUGUCAACGCACAAAAGAACUCUGCUGCUUCUGAUAGGCAAGUUGUGCAUACUUCUGACAAAAGAGGUGCAUCUUUCAAAGAGGAAAUACAGAAAGUUCAUGUUGAAGAACAAUUAAGAGAACGUUUGGGAGAUCAAUUGAUUAAGCAAGAAGAAAGAGAAAUAGGAGACACUGGUUUCAAGCCUUACAAACAGUACUUGAGUCACAGAAAGGGCUUUCUGUACUUUUCUUUGGGAACCAUAUUCCACAUAAUAUUUGUACUAGGGCAACUGAUACAAAACUACUGGUUGGCUGCCAACAUCCAGAAUUCUCAUGUAAGCAGAGUUCUCAUGUUUGAAUUUUACACAGCAAUUGGCUGUGUUUUGGCAGUCGUUUUGCUGUUAAGAUCCUUCACCAUAGUUCUAUUAGGCUAUGGGGCAUCGAAAUCUAUAUUUUCUACAAUGCUGACUUCUCUUUUCCGAGCACCAAUGUCCUUUUUUGAUUCAACACCUCUGGGAAGGAUCAUCAGCCGAGUUUCAUCUGAUUUGAAUAUCAUUGAUAUUGAAGUGGGAUUUAGAUUGGCAAUUGCAUUAGGCACAACCAUCAACACCUACACCAACUUUGCUGUAUUGGCUUUUUUCACUUGGCCGGUCUUGUUUGUCAUCAUUCCCACGGUUUCUUUAAGCAUCCUCCUGCAGAAAUACUAUUUUGCUUCUACAAAAGAAUUGAUGCGAAUCAAUGGCACAACUCAGUCCUCAGUUGCAAGCCACCUUGCUGAAUCGAUUGCAGGAGCCAUGACAAUCAGAGCUUUUGGGCUGGAAGACCGAUUCUUUUUGAAGAAUCUGGACCUCAUUGACAGAAAUGCAAGUCCAUACUUUCACAAUUUUUCUGCAAGCGAGUGGUUCAUCCUCCGUUUGGAAAUUUUAUGUGCAAUUGUUCUCUCAUCUACAACACUUGCCAUGGCUUUGCUUCAAGUUGGAUCCUCCUCCUCUGGGAUUAUUGGAAUGGAGAUGUCAUAUGGCCUUUCAUUAAACAUAUUCCUUGUCGUUUCCCUCCAGCUCCAAUGCUUGCUGGCUAAUCUAAUUGUUUCUGUAGAGAGGCUGGAACAAUAUAUGCAUAUUCCUAGUGAAGCUCCUGAAAUAAUAGAGAGCAACCGACCUGAGCCUAAUUGGCCUGCUGUUGGCAAAGUGGAAAUACAUAACGUGAAGGUUAGAUAUCGGCCCAAUGCUCCACUAGUUCUCCACGGUAUAUGUUGCACUAUUGAAGGAGGAUACAAAAUUGGGAUAGUUGGCAGAACUGGAAGUGGAAAGACAACUCUCAUCAGUGCUUUGUUUCGUCUGGUAGAGGCUACAGAAGGAGAAAUACUUGUAGAUGGUCUCAACAUCUCCACAAUUGGGCUUCAUGAUUUAAGAUCUCAUUUGGCAAUCAUCCCGCAAGAUCCAACUCUUUUUGUUGGCUCUGUGAGGUACAACUUGGACCCAUUACUGGAGCAUACAGAUCAAGAAAUAUGGGAGGUUCUUGAAAAGUGUCAACUUCGAGCAGUCAUUCAAGAAAAAGAAGAUGGUCUGAAUUCCGUAGUUGCACAAGAUGGAUCUAACUGGAGCAUGGGACAGCGGCAACUAUUUUGUCUAGGACGAGCAUUACUAAAGAGAAGGAGGAUAGUAGUGCUUGACGAAGCCACUGCAUCAAUUGAUAAUGCAACAGACUCUAUCCUUCAAAAAACCAUAAGAAAGGAAUUCACAGAAUGCACUGUAAUCACUGUGGCUCAUAGAAUACCAACUGUGAUGGACUGCACCAUGGUGCUUUCCAUUAGCGAUGGGAAACUGAUAGAGUACGAUGAGCCAUUGAAGCUGAUGAGCAGGGAAGGGUCACUAUUUGGGCAGCUUGUGAGGGAAUAUUGGUCUCGCACCUCAAACAGCAGUUCUUUGGGGAACAUGACAGAUGGGAACGAGUGGAGCGAGAGCAAAGCAAGUACCAAUGGUGGGACUUGGUUCCAUUAUAGGGGUUACAUCACUAAUCAUUCAAGGCACAAUUUUCUUGCACUACUAAGAGCAUGGACUGCUCUGUCAGGUUACAAAACCAUAGUUGCAGGGCAAGAGAACAUAAAGACCACUAAAUUCUUGAGAUUUAUCAAGCUGUUGAGAAGCAACAUGGAGAAAGGUUUUUGGAAUGUAUUCUGUAAUGGUUCUGAAUGUUCUAGUGAUGCUGCGAAAAAAUGUGGUUCUGGAUUUGAUGAAUUAAUCAACCCAUAUUCGUAUAUCAAUCACAUUUUCAUCAUUUCUGUUGAUAUUCUAAUUUUGUUGAUCGUCUUUUCUGUCUUCAUAUAUAAAUCAGUGUCAACGAAGACUGUUAAAGCUCCAUCUCAGUGUCAACAUUUCUCUCCAUUGCUAUAUGUUUCAGCCAUCUUCAAUGGCUUUUUGGGUUUGGUUUACUUGGGCUUGGGAAUAUGGAUUAUUGCUGAGAAACUUCAUAAAGAUCAUAGCGUUAUGUCGGUGCAUGGAUGGCCAGUAAUGUUAUUCCAGGGAUUCACAUGGUUCCUGCUGAAUUUAACAGUAAGCCAACAGAAACUGUUCUUUCCACAUGUUGCAGCUGUGAAGCUUUGUUCGAUCGUCGCCUUCUUGUUGUCUGGAUUUAUCUGCAUUUCAUCUUUUUGGGAAGCUAUUAUGGAUUAUACUUUGUUGGGUCAGUUGCUUGUGGAUUUUCUUUCCUUUCCUGGAGGUAUUCUGUUUUUAUUCUGUUGUUUCAAGGGACAUACUUAUACAGGCGCUGAUUCAGGAAUCAACAAUGAUGCUUCCUACAAACCAUUGCCAAGUAAGGAAGCAAAGGCUACUGAUGAAAUGAGUUCAAAUGCGAAUGUUACUUCUUUUGCCAAAUCUGGAUUUUUUAGUCAAUUGUCAUUUUUGUGGUUAAAUCCAUUGAUGAAGAAAGGUAAAGAAAAGAUACUUGAUGAUGAAGAUAUUCCAGCAUUAAGGCAGGUAGAUCACGCAAGGACUUGCUACUUAGCAUAUAUGGAGCAAAUGAGAAGACAGAAAAAGAAAGGGUUAUCUGAGUCCCCUUCAAUUUUGUCAGUGAUAAUUUCUUUGCACUGGAAAGAAAUUUUGAUCUCCGGAUUAUUUGCACUAACCAGGGUGCUCACCAUGUCUUCUGGCCCUCUGUUUUUAAAAGCCUUCAUUGAGGUUUAUGAAGGCAAUGGAGCUUUUACAUAUGAAAGUUAUGCACUAACAGUUGGACUGUUUCUGGCAAAAUGCUUAGAGUCUCUAUCAGAGAGGCAAUGGCACUUCCGAACUAGACUUAUUGGGAUCCAAGUGAGAUCCAUGUUAUCUGCAGCUAUCUGUCAAAAGCAACUACGACUCUCCAGUGCUGCAAAGGCAACUCAUUCUCCUGGUGAAAUAGUGCACUAUGUUACUGCUGAUGCUUAUAGAAUUGGCGAAUUCCCUUAUUGUUUUCAUCAGAUAUGGACAACUAGUGUCCAGUUGUGUCUCACAUUAGCUAUCGUCUACUAUACAGUGGGGUUGGCAACUAUUGCAUCUGUUAUUGCCAUGACAGUUGUUGUGUUUGCAAGUUAUCCAUUCAUUAAGUUGCAGCUUAAUUAUCAAAGAAAGCUCAUGGCAGCACAAGGUAAGAGGUUGAAGGCCAUCACAGAGGCACUUGCAAAUAUGAAGAUCUUGAAGUUAUAUGCUUGGGAGGCACAUUUCAAGAAUCAUUUAAAGGGUGUAAGAAAAGAAGAACUUCAGUGGAUAUCAGGAAUCCUGUUAGAAAAGGCUUACCAUCUGAUUUUAUUUUGGUCAUAUCCUGUUCAGGUUCCUGCUAUAACUUUCUGGACAUGCUACUACCUUGGCAUACCACUCUCUGCAAGUAGUGUAUUCACAUUUAUGGCAAGUCUGCUCAAUGUACAGGAAUCAAUUAAGGUGAUCCCUGAUGUUGUGGGAACCUUCAUUGAAGCAAAGGUUUCAUUGGAUCGAAUUGUGAAGUUUCUUGAAACACCAGAAUUGAACAACAAUACAAGAAGGAAGUGCAACGGCAACGAGCUCAAUCAGUCCAUUUUUAUCAGAUCCACUGAAAUUUCAUGGGAAACUGAUUCUUUGACCAAGGCUACAUUAAGGAACAUAAAUUUAGAGGUUAAAGUAGGAGAAAAGGUUGCUAUUUGUGGGGAGGUUGGCUGUGGAAAAUCAACCCUUUUAGCUGCCGUGCUUGGGGAAGUUCCAAAAAUUAAUGGAACAGUUCAGGUUUAUGGAAAGAUAGCAUAUGUUUCUCAGACUGCAUGGAUCCAAAGUGGGACCAUACAAGAAAAUAUUCUGUUUGGCUCUGAAAUGGAUCCAAUUAGAUACCAUGAUGUGCUAAAGAGGUGUUCCCUGGUGAAGGACCUUGAGAUGCUUCCUCUUGGGGACCUCACUCAGAUUGGGGAAAGAGGUGUUAAUCUGAGUGGCGGACAGAAACAGCGGGUUCAACUUGCACGUGCACUGUAUCAAGAUGCAGAUGUGUAUCUCUUGGAUGAUCCCUUUAGUGCUGUUGAUGCGCAUACAGCAACCACCCUAUUUGAUGUAGUGCAAUUUUCAUCUCUAUUCGAUCUGAUUUCCUAGUGAUGUGAUUCUUUUAUUGACUAAAAGUUUGGAAUGUUUCAGGACUGUGUGAUAGGUGGUUUGUCUCAAAAGACAGUUUUACUUGUGACCCACCAAGUUGACUUCCUUCCAGCUUUUAAUUCUAUUUUGUUAAUGUCUGCAGGAAAAAUCAUCAGAGCAGCUAAUUAUGAUCAGCUUUUCGCUUGCAGUCAAGAAUUCCAAGACCUUGUCAAUGCACGCAAGAACGUAGUUGGUUAUGAGAGGCACGUUGAUCAUCCUCCUUGCAAAAGAGCUACAGCUGCCAAAGAUGAAAUCCAAGAAAUUCAUGUUAAAGAACAGUUAAUAAAACCUUUAGGGGAUCAAUUGAUUGAGCAAGAAGAAAAAGAGACAGGGGACACUGGUUUCAAGCCCUACUUGCAAUACUUGAGUCAUGACAAGGGCUUUCUGUACUUCUCUUUGUCAAUCAUAUCCCACAUAAUGUUUGUGCUUGGGCAAAUGGCACAGAGCUAUUGGUUUGCUGCUAACAUCCAGAAUACUCACAUUAGCAUAAUUCUCUUGCUUGGAGUUUACACAACAAUCGGUUGUAUUGUUGAAAUCUUUUUAUUCUUCAGAUUCUUCUCCAUAGUUCUAUUAGGUUGUGGAGCAUCAAAAUCUAUUUUCUCUACACUGCUGACCUCUAUUUUCAGAGCACCAAUUUCCUUUUAUGACUCAACGCCUAUGGGAAGGAUACUCAGUCGAGUAUCAUCUGAUUUGGGUAUCACUGACCUUGAUGUGGCUUUCACAAUGUCAUUUACUUCAGGCACAACCAUCAUUGCAUGCUCCAACUUUGCAGUAUUGACUUAUUUUAUGUGGCCAGUCUUAUUUGUCAUCAUUCCCAUAGUUUAUUUAAGUAUCCUCUUGCAGAGACGCUAUUUCGCUUCUACAAAAGAGUUGAUGCGAAUCAAUGGCACCACUAAGUCCUCAGUUGCAAGCCACCUUGCUGAAUCGAUUGCAGGAGCCAUGACAAUCAGAGCUUUUGGGCAGGAAGAAAGAUUCUUUUCAAAGAAUCUGGACCUUAUUGACAAAAAUGCAAGGCCGUACUUCCAUAACUUUUCUGCUAGUGAUUGGUUGAUCCUACGUCUGGAAUUACUAAGUGCAAUUGUUCUCUUAUCUAGUACAUUUUCCAUGGCUUUGCUCCAUCUCGGAGCGUCUGAUUCAGGGUUUAUUGGAAUGAGCCUGUCAUAUGGCCUGUCAUUGAAUACAAUUUUCGUCAUGUCCAUCCAGCUCCAAUGCUUGCUGUCAAAUUUAAUUAUUUCUGUAGAGAGGCUGGAACAAUACAUGCAUAUUCCUAGUGAAGCUCCAGAAGUAAUAGAGAGUAACCGACCUGAGCCUAAUUGGCCUGCCUUUGGUAAAGUGGAAAUAUGUAAUCUGAAGGUUAGAUAUCGUCCAAAUGCACCGCUAGUUCUUCAGGGGAUAACCUGCACAAUUGAAGGAGGUCAGAAAAUUGGGAUAGUUGGCAGAACUGGAAGUGGGAAGACAACUCUCAUCAGUGCAUUGUUUCGUCUGGUGGAGCCUACAGAGGGAAAAAUAAUUAUAGAUGACCUUAACAUUUCCACAAUAGGGCUUCAUGACCUGAGAUCUCAUGUUGCAAUUAUCCCACAAGAUCCAACACUCUUUGUUGGUUCUGUGAGAUACAAUCUAGACCCCUUAUCAAAGCAUAUGGAUCAAGAAAUAUGGGAGAAUGCUUACAGUAUGUCAACCAAGUCUAACCUAUUUGUUGUAAUGAAUGUGAGAAAGGUUCUUGAAAAGUGUCAUCUUCGAGCAGCCAUUCAAGAACAAAAAGAGGGUCUGAACUCUCUGGUUGCACAAGAUGGAGCUAACUGGAGCAUGGGACAGCGACAAUUGUUUUGUCUGGGACGUGCAUUACUACAGAGAAGCAGGAUACUGGUGCUUGAUGAAGCAACUGCAUCCAUAGACAACGCAACAGAUUCUAUCCUUCAGAAAACCAUAAGAACAGAGUUUGCGGACUGCACUGUAUUAACUGUAGCUCACAGAAUACCAACUGUUAUGGACUCUGACAUGGUGCUUGCCAUGAGUGAUGGGAAAUUGGCCGAGUAUGAUGAGCCAUUGAAGUUGAUGAAUAAAGAGGGGUCGCUAUUUGGGCAGCUUGUGAGGGAAUACUGGUCUCGAACUACAAGCUGCAGCAGCUUCUCAGAAGAUUGGUGACUAAGACUGGUAGCUAUGGAAAAUGAUAUUGCAGCUUACAGUAUGAUAUGACGCUUUCCCCUGAAAUUGGAAUAUGAUAUGUGAUCUUUCUAAAAAUUACUUCUUGGAAGCAUCCGAGAUUUCUUUU